AGAGAUUUUUCCGAUAACGUUUGCGCCCGUUUGGCUUAGUGGUACAGCGUCUCACUCGUACACGAUUCACUUCGUAUUUUCGUCCGAUCUAUGAGAAGAUCCUCGGUUCGAUUCCGAGAAUGGGCAUGCAUAACUCUCUUUACUUUUCAUCAUUUUUGUCAUUUUUUUGGGGGGAUUUUUGGAAGUGAUUUGAGCGUGAACGUCUCAAGUAGCUAACAUGUGAUUAUGAUGUCUGCCCAUAGUAUUCUAUUGCGAGUUGAGCAGAUAGUUAAUUAUCACCUCCUUUUCUUGUAACACUUGAUUAGCGAAGUAGUCUUCGUUGUUCAAGACCUCUUUGUUCAACCUCACAACAUGGCUCUUUGACCAAUCUCCGUCACCACUUCCAUCACAAUUAUGCCUUUAACCACGCCCAUCUCCACGCACCCCACGCUCCAAUAUCUCUCCCUCGUCCUCCUCUCAGCGCUUAUCUUUCCCUCCUCACAACCCUCACCCUCCUCAGCACCUUCAUCUCCCCCUGGCUCGCUUCCACAAAACAUAUCAACCACACCUGGACUUGGCGCUCCCUCUCAUCCUCCACCUUCCGGCCGCGCACAGUCCUAGCCACCUAUCUCCACACCCCAGAAGCUCUCUCCCUAGCACGAACGUUCAACAGAGCUAGCCAUCGAGUCAUUGGUGCCGAUCAUGAAGAGUAUUAUUUCCCAAUUCCGGGGCAUUUCUCGAGAGCUGUGGAGGUGUUUUAUAAGUUAGCGAGCAGGGAUGGGAAGAGAGGGGGAGAGAGGUAUGUGAGAGAUUUGGUGGAUGCCGUUAAGAAAGAGAGGAUUGAUAUUUGGGUUAAUUGCCAUGGUGGGGAUGUGGAUUUGGAGGUGAAGGAGGUAUUGGAGCGGGAGAUGAGAUGUAAGGUGCUGCUAGGGAUGUAAAAAUUAUAUAAUUUGGACCCCCAUUAUAUAAAAAUGUAAUAUAAUAGUCAAAAU